GCAUCUGAGCCCGCCUUAGAUGAUUUUAGGCCAAUGCCCAGAAACCUUUUUGUUGGGGGAGCAGAACAGGAUCACCUAAGCGAAACAGAUGAUGAUGAAAGAACACCAACUGGGUAUGCAACCCAGCCUGAACAGUUCCAGGUUCCAACAGGAACAAGAUCAAGACCUUCUAGACUAUACAAUUCACAGCGUGAACGACCUGAAAGGUCAAUAGAACCUACUCGGACUGCCGAGCUCGAAGAGAGAACCAGAGUUCUCGAAAUGGCAAUGGGCAAAAUCCUUGCCCGUCUGAUUCCUGAUGACCCCCUGAUUCCCUUGCUGAACAGGGAUGCGCAACCAGCUGCGGUUGUUGCAACUCGAAACUCCCCCGCUCUAAGCAACAUGGUGGUGCUGACCAGGCCAAGGGGAAGUGGAAAACUAAAUAUCGAGCCCAGCUCAUCCAAGCACAGCGAAGAACUGUUGAAGAAGAACGCAGACCUUGAAAGGCAGCUACGAGAUGUGCAAAAAUCUAUAGACGAGCUGAAAACAGAACCGUAUCAAGAGGGAUUCAAAAUUCCCCAUUUAGAAACAUAUGAUGGCUCGGGCGACCCGGAUGAACAUCUGCACACUUAUCAAGCCAUCAUGAGAAUCCAAAACGCCAAUGACGCCAUGAUGUGCAAAGUGUUCCCAGCAACACUUAAGACAACAGGCAGGAGAUGGUAUCACAAACUCCCCAGACAUUCCAUAGACUCGUACUCCCAGCUCGCCAAGCUAUUCUCCAACAAAUUUGCGAGCCAAAGGGAGAUUAAACGAACAGCGACUGAACUAAUGCAGGUUCAUCAAAAAGAGGGAGAGUCUUUGAGGGACUACAUGCAACGAUUCAACAAAGCUACUUUGGACAUUGAUAACGUCCCCGAUACCAUCUGCUUAUCUGCCUUGUUGCAUGGCCUGAAGCCUGGCCGGUUUUUGGACGACCUGCUGGAGAAUCCGCCCAAGUCAUGGAAUGAAAUACAGCAUUGGGUCAAGAGACCCCCUCUACAAACACAUGAUUCUUCACGAGCUGACAGAAGCAAAUACUGCGAUUAUCACCGUGUUUACGGCCAUAACACAGAAGACUGCCAGAGUUUGAAGGACGAGCUUGAAUGCUUGGCUCGCAAUGGAAAAUUGGAGGGGUAUGUACAGAAGCCUUUUGUUCGGCAACCCGUCCAGACCCAUUUUGUACAAGAGUACGGCCAACCUCAAGCACCUGGGUAUCAGCUCAGUAGCAAUCCAAAUUCUUACCAGACAGGUCCGUACUCAUUUGAGCCGAACAGAGCAUACAGAGGACGCCCGUUCAAUAGGCGUGGGCAAGGACAGAAAGCACCUACGCAGAACCAAAAAGACCACAGAGGAGUCGGGUACGGUGGAAUACCCCCGCCAUCAGGCACAAUCAAUAUGAUCUCUGGUGGUAUACAUGCAGGAGGUCAAAGUGCCCGAGCCCGCAAGGCGUACGCUCGCCAGGUGAUGACAGUAAAUAAGAACCGGCCUCUUAAGCGUCCAUUUGAGGAGGCAGAGUGGGAGAAUACGGCCAUAACGUUCAGCUUGUCAGAUUACCAGCGAGCAGGAGAACCUGACGUCGUGAUGCCUCAUGCGGAUCCUUUUGUAGCAACAGUCCAUAUAGGCAACCAUAACGUCAACAAGGUUUUCAUUGACACUGGGAGCUCGCCUGAUAUCCUGUAUUGGAGCUGCUUUCAAAAGAUGCAGCUGAACCCCAGCUCGUUACAAAAAUAUGAAGGGCCUAUCUAUGGGUUCGACAAUCAACCUGUUCCAGUGGAGGGAGUAAUUACACUUCCCAUUUACGUGGGCUCAGAACCACGCUUCAGGAUGGCUUCAGUCAGCUUCCUGGUCGUCAAAAUGGAAUCAGCCUUCAAUGCCAUAUUAGGAAGGGCUACUCUGUGCGAACUGAAGGCUGUCAUCUCACAACCCCAUCUCUGCAUGAAAUUUCCAACGCCUCAGGGGGUAGGAGUGCUGAAGGGGAAUCAGAGGAUGGCCAGGACAUGUUAUCAGGAUACGUUCAAGAAGGUUGAGCUCGUUGUAGCCCCUGGAGGAUCUAAAAGUAGUAGGCCGACUCAGCAAGGCCAGCAGACAAUGAGCAUAUCAGACAUUGAGCAUAGACCCGAGGGAGUCGAGCAGAAAGCAGAGCCGGUAGAGCCAAUAGAAACCGUUCCUUUAAACCCUGAUGUGCCGGAAAGAACAGUCAAGAUCGGCACCAAGCUCACAGAAGAAGAGCGAGCAGAGCUUUUGGAGUUUUUGAGGGUCAAUCAAGAUGUGUUCGCGUGGACUACUGACGAAAUGCCUGGCAUCCCAGCGGAGCUGACAGUCCACAAACUCAGUACGGACCCCACCAGAAGACCGGUGGUGCAGAAACGUCGCCUCUUUGGCCUAGAGAAACAAGCUGCCAUAGACGAGCAGAUACAGAAGCUGCUACAAGCAGGCUUCAUCAGGAGAGUGGAGUAUUCUGAGUGGGUAUCUAACCCCGUGCUCGUCAAAAAGUCGAAUGGCAGGUGGAGGAUGUGUAUUGACUUCACCAACCUCAAUGACGCAUGUCCAAAAGACCCUCACCCCUUGCCAAAUGUGGAGAAAUUAGUGGAGCGAGCAGCUGGGCAUGAACGGAUGAGUUUUCUUGACGCCAGCUCGGGCUAUCACCAGGUUCAGUUGCUGUUGGACGAUCAGGAGAAAACAGCUUUCUACGCUGGUGACGCUAUCUAUUGCUAUGUGAUGAUGCCAUUUGGCCUGAAAAAUGCUGGCGCUACAUAUCAGAAGCUGGUACAAAUCAUCUUUAAGCUCCAGAUCGGCAGAAACAUAGAAGUGUAUGUGGAUGACAUGAUAAUCACUAGCGUGCGAGCUGAAGACCAUAUAGACGACCUGAGUGAGACCUUUCAAAAUUUGCGCCGAGCCCAAAUGAAGCUGAACCCUCUGAAGUGCACAUUCGCUGUAGAAUCAGGAAAAUUCCUAGGGUACGUGGUAUCCAAGAAAGGAAUUGAAGUGAACCCAGAGAAGGUUUUGGUUGUUCAGCAGAUGGAGUCACCCAAGACUGUAAAGGACGUGCAACGCUUGACAGGUCGUAUAGCCGCUUUGCACAGAUUCAUAGCCAGGUCGGCGGAAAGGUGCCUACCGUUUUUCAAAGCCUUGCGAGAGCCCAAACACUUUCAAUGGACCGACGAGUGCCAACAGGCUUUUGACGAGCUCAAACAGUAUCUGGCAUCUGCACCCCUGCUGUCUAAACCUGUGGAAGGGGAAAGUUUAUACCUAUACAUGGGAGUUACAGGAGAAGCAGUGAGCUCGGUUUUGCUCAGGGAAGAGAAUAUGAAUCAGAAGCCUAUUUGUUACGUGAGCAAGGUUUUACAAGGUGCAGAGCAGAAUUACCCAUUAGCAGAAAAGGCUGCAUUUGCCCUGGUUUACACAGCUCGUAAGUUGAGGGCUUAUUUCCAAUCACAUCGGAUCGUCGUCUAUACCGAUUUGCCAUUGAGAAAAAUACUCCAGAAACCUAAACUCUCUGGUCGACUUAUUGGGUGGAGUGUCGAGCUGAGUGAAUACGACCUCAAAUUUCAGCCACGUACAACCAUAAAGGGCCAGGCCAUCGCGGACUUUCUGGUAGAAUGCAUUUCAGCAACUAAAGAAGAAAAAGCACCUGAGCACCCAGUCUGGGUUUUGUAUGUGGAUGGAGCUGCUAGCAUUGAAGGAUCGGGUGCUGGGGCUGUGUUAGUGGGCCCAGAUGGCUUUAAGUCUGAGCACGCACUGAGGUUUAAAUUUCAAACAACUAAUAACGCUGCAGAAUAUGAGGCCCUCGUUUACAGACUAAAGCUGGCGUCCGAGCUGAGGGUACAAAGCAUUCAAGUGUUCAGCGACUCUCAGCUCGUCGUGGGCCAGAUUAAAUCAGCAUUUGUUCAUUUCCAAAUUGAUAAAAUACCGAGAGCGAAUAACCACCGAGCUGACGAGUUGUCAAAGCUGGCCUCUUUGCAAGACCUUAACCCUCAGAGAUCGACAAUUGUCGAGAUACUCAACGCGCCGAGCUACACUGAUUCCGGAGUCGAAUGUCAGUUGCUGAGCACAGAUCCCUCCGCACCGAGCUGGACCACCCCGCUGAUAAAAUAUCUGCAAAGUGGUGAGCUACCUGAAGACCAGUCCGCUGCAAAAUUGGUUAAACACAGGGCGGCACAUUUCACUUUGUUAGAUAACUAGCUCUACAAGCGAGCAGCCUCAAUGCCCCUAUUACGCUGCCUUACUCCUUAUGAAGCUGAGUACGCUAUGAGGGAAUUUCACGAAGGAGUAUGUGGCACACAUAUAGGCGGUAGGACUUUAGCUC